AAAUAUGGCGGACAGGUUAGGUGAAAACGGACCCACUGAUUCAGAAGGAAAAGGAGAUGAACGAAGGCCGGUAUCCGGAAGAUCAAAAGGCUCAGCUGAUUCCAAAAAGUCUAUUCAAGAUGCAGUCAGUAAAUUGACCGUUAACGCACUAAAAGAGUUUCGUUUGAGCGAUCCAAGUGAUGUAGACACCGUUGUUACCGGUGCAGAGAGUGAAGGUCUUGUCCCUACCGCAACUUUGACACAGGAUAUUCCAACGUUUGACCCUCGCGGAGCGCUUGGAGCGCAGACAUUGCUUUCUGAGGAUAUCACUGGCAGUGGUGAGGAAGCUAGAGAUGACGAGAUUGAGGGUGAUAUCGGUGAAGAUGGUGAUGAAGGUCUUAGUGAUGAAGAAGAAUCAGGUUCAGAUGGGGAGAGUGAUAUGGUGGUUCUUGAUCCUGACCAUCCUCUUAUGGUCAGAUUCCAAGCUGCAUACAAAUCACAUUUAAUCAGACAGCAGGAAAAAGUUAAUUUGGAGCUAAGAGAACUAACUGAAGAUCUCAAAACAAAGAAGAGAGAGAGAGAAGAACUUGGUGUACAGUUAUAUGGCGUACAACAGGAACUUGCCAGGCAGCAAAUGCUCUUGGAGAAGGAACAUGACAAUUUCAGCUCAGAAAAUCAUCUCAGGCAGCAAAGUGAAAAGCUUCUUGAGGAAACUAAAGAGCUUCAUGACAAGACGGUGAAAGAUGCCAUCCAUCAGCGCAAACAAGCUAAGGAGCUUAGAACAGAAGUUGAAAAUCUGGCAGCUCGCUUGCAUUACAUGGAAGAGGCUAAGGAAGAUGUAAGGGCUGACAUUGCUGUCAUGAGAAGAGCAGCUGAGAAAGCAGACACUGAAGUUACCAAAGCAGAAUUAGAGAAGAAAAAACAGGACCUCCUUGUGGACAGAUUAACACAAACAGUAGAUCGGCUGAGGGAGGAAAUUGACAUGUUUGAGACCCAAUGUGCAGCUCAAAUGGAGGAAACUAAAGCAGCUCAAAAAGCUCUCUCAGAGGCUAUUACUGAAAUAGAGGCUCUUCAGCUGGAAAAAAAGCAGCUAACACAGCAGUGGUACAGCAGUUUAAUUGGGAUGAGGAGGCGAGACGAGGCAUAUGCUGCAAUGCAAGAAGCUCUGAGUCUUCAAAGACAGAGAAUCCAGGCAAUUGAAACAGAGAUUGAAGGCUACAGAAAGUCCAUCAGCAAAGCUCAGGAACAGAAUGAACAGAUCACACUCAUGCAUAACAAGAUUGAAGCUGACAUCUCUAUGGUGAAGAAACUGGUUGCAGUGAGCAGGAACAAACAGGAGGUCCUUAAGACUGAAUAUAGUAAAUACUCCAGGACACUCCAUGAAACAGAACAACAACUCAACAGGGCUGAAACUGAAGUGACACUGAAGGAGAACGAAAUCACAGCAUUAAGAAAACAGAUUGAGCGUGAGUUUGGGGAGAAGAUAAAACUAGAAGACAACAUUAUGGAAAAGAUGAGAAGCCAGCUUACAUUGGACAAGGCGGCGCAGUACACUAAGAAGAUGACAGACAAGCUCAGAAGGAGGGCCACAGAACUGGAAAGUUCCGUUGCUGAAGUUGAGAACGAGAUUUCCAGGGAUAUCUUGGACAUUUCUAACACGACCACUCGUGUUCGUCAACUUCAAGAUGUCAUGGACAACCUGAAUGAAGAGAUUCACCAGAAGAAUGGCACCAUUUCUAAGAUCGAAGGAGAAAUUGUGAAGCGAAACGCUAUUAUUGAACGGAAACAGAGCACUAUUGACCAGUUUAACAAAAAGAUUGAUCAGUUGAGAAGCAAAGACGGGGGAGAGGAAAUAGGACCUUUGGAGUUACAGAUCCACACGUUACAAAAGCAGAUCGAAGCCCGCCUCAAUGAAAUUACUGAACUACAGCAGUUUUGGCUGAGAAAUCAAAGUGAAUUGGUGAAGACCUUAAAGGAUGUACAGAAACAAUCUGAAGACAUGGAGUACUUUAAGAAACAGUACACCAUAUUACUGCAAAAGAAACUCAGGAUCGAAGGCGAAAUCAACUCACACAAUAGCGAGAUGCGAGAUAUUGAGCGAAACAUUCGCGGCAUGCAGAAUGACAUGACGAAGCUAAAUACUCUGAUCACCCAGGAAAGUGGUCUGAGAGAGGCCUUACAGCAAGGAACUGUGUUGAUGGAGAGCGACUUUAUUCAGGCGCUUAAGGAAGCCGAAGGGGAAUCCAUCAACAUGCAAAAUCAAAUUGAUGCGCUGAAGGAGGAGAAAGAAAGGCUGCUCAAUAGUUUGGUGGAGGCGGAACGUCAAAUCAUGUUGUGGGAGAAAAAGACGCAACUGGCCCGUGAAGCGAAGAACGCUGUUGACAUGGAGUACGGUCAAGGAGAGAUUAAGUCAAUGAAAGCAGAGAUUCAUAGAAUGCAGGUCAUGAUCGCAUUCUGCGUUAGGGCUGUUUGUACGGACUUUUCACUGAGAAAACUUUCCAUAAAUUUAUUUUACCGAUGUAAUUUUCUUUUUGUUAUCAGUGGAGAUGCUCAGGCAAAGAUGGGUAAGGUUUCAAACACUAAAGGCACUUUCCAAAAGAAACUUGCCGAGAUGAAGAAGAAAAUCAAGCAGACAAACCAAGACGCUAAUGCCUGUGAUACUGAUAUUCAAGUGCUUCGUGAAAAGCAAAUGACCGUGAGUCGUGAUCUGGAAGAGAAACAAACAACAUGUCUACAGCUUCAAACCACUGCCGAUGAACUGGAGGUGCAAAUCGAUACACUGUCGGAAGAGAGACAAAGGAAUCUGGCUGACAUAGUCGCCAAGCAACAGAAGUUAAAGUACUACAACCAGCUAAAGAAUGGACGCUACACUCCGCUAUGCAAAACACCGGAGACGCUAGAGGCUGAACUUCAAAAACAACGAGCUCGUCUCCAGUCCCUUAUGACGAUAGUUGAUCGAUUGAAUCAGGAGUUUCCUCAAGCUCAACCAGCGCUGCGCAAAAUCACCCUGUCUCUAGGCUACAGGGGAAUUCCUGAGGAAGCUGCAGCCUAAUCUCUGCUCACCCCUCCCGUGUAGAAAAUUAUUUAUUCAUUAAUGUAUUGCGAAUAUGAGUAAAUUUUCUUAAAUAAAAAAACGACUUAAAUUUAAUUGUUUAGAUUUCCAUAGUUUUCAGAACCACGUUUCUCGAUAUCUUUUUCUGCUAGUAUUGCUGUAAAUAAAAGAUAUCAGCACAUUAAACUGAGUCGUGAAUAUUGUACCGACAUCAAGAUUUUGGUCUUAA